CAAGAUGAAGAUCUUGCUAAGUAGCCUGCUUUUCGCCUCUCUCUGUACGCUCUCAUCCUGGAGUGUUUCAUCAGGCACAUUUGUUGUGACGCAGAGCGAUCAUGUUUUUGUCAGGGAAGGAGAGACAGUAAACAUCACCUGCUGCUGGACAGGGAAGUUUGAAAGAUUUAGAGUGUACUGGCUUAAAAAUCAAACAGAAAUUAGGAGUGACUACUUUAAUCAGCCUAAUGCGUCUCUGAAAAAGGAAGAGAAGAAAUGUUCUUUUUUGAAUAUCUCAAAUGUUAGACCAGAGGAUUCAGGGACGUACACCUGCAAGGUGACUGUGGAGAUACCAUCUUUAACUGAGGCUAAAGGAAAUGGGACAGUCAUCACAGUCAACGAUACUGGGAACAACUGGCAAGGUGCACAAGAUUCUUUAGAUCCUGGGAAUCCAACCAAACCAACCAACGUGAUCAUUUCCCUGGCUGUAGUGGUUCCUUUGCUCCUCGUCACACUCGUCUGUUACUGCACUCUGCGAAGAAAACAAGGUACCAACUUUAAAUUAAUACUAAAGCAUCAGAGACUGAACAAAAAUAUUUCUUUGUUACUUUGUUUUUGUCUAUCCAAAAAGACACGUUGUAUUUAACUCUUUUAACCAAAGAACAUGACACAGGUAUCACACACAGGAACACAGGUUCAUUUUAAACAAUAAACAAAAUAAUCACUUGACUAUAAAUGUGCAGUUGUUUUAUGAUGAGAUAGUUCUCUGUGAUAUACCUCAACCACUGUACCUUGACAUUAUUACUGGACUAUAUUGGAGCCAAUUCAAUCAAGUUAGGAGCUAAUAUUUCCAUAUACGUAACAAAAAGUUGGAGCAGGAAAUGCACGAGGAUUUAAAAAAACCUGUGUGAGUUUCUGUACAUGCUGUAUGAACAGCAUUAAUUUAGUACCUUCUGCAGUCCGCAUUUUUCAUCACGCAAAACUAUUCCUGAAAAAGAAAAGUUCCAAACAACCUGCAUCAAAAGUCUUGAAAUUAGGACUCGUAAUGUGGAGGCUGACACUUUCCUCACUAAUACAUUUGCACAACUGUCAGUUUGCAUGGCAGCAAAGUUUAAGUGUUGUGGUAAAACCGAUGAAAGAAAAAUAGUAACUGAGCCACAAGGUUUUUGUACUUGGAUUAAACUAAAACCAGGUGUGAACAAACACAUCUGUUAACUGAAACAAAAUAAAACUAGACUAACUGAAACUAUAGUGU